GUCUCGACUGCGGCGGGGAUGCUGAUAAAUACACGCGCUACUCCCCUAGCGAGGUACCUGAUAGUUUGAAGUAAAUGGCACUGAACGAAAGUUAUUCCAGGAAUGAUUCUGAAUCUGCAGCUGCUUAUGAAUGUGAUCUGAAGGCCUACAGCAUGUCAGAGAGCAUCUGCCAGGACACGGGCAUUCAGCAGCCAGAAAAAUGAGUGGCUUUUUUGAGGAAGAAACAAAGAGGAAACCUUUAUGUCUCAUGUAGUUGGAAGGCAGAGCAAUACAACCUUGACACCUGGUUAAUGUAAAGGAACAUUUUUUGAAAUACCUCUUGACUGUGAAUCUUGUAAUUCAGACACAGAAGUGCCUUUGGACCUGUGCAGAUAAUUGACUGGAAAAAUUGAUCAGACGAAGCACUCACUGAAAGUGUCACUGAGGAAUCAUGGCGAAGCACUUGGAAAUCAUCAAUCUGUCGUUUUUGUUGGAACAUGAAAAAGAAAUGAUACUGGGAGUAUUGAAGAGAGAUGAGUAUCUGAAAAAAGUUGAAGAUAAAAGAAUAAGGAAGUUGAAAAAUGAGCUUCUGGAAGUGAAAAGGAAAGGUGGAAGCCAACACUGCCAACAGGACAACAGCAGGGUCUGCGUUCGCUGUCAGAAAGGCCUGGGCUUCAUCUUUGACAGAGGAGACCUGUGCCAGACCUGCAAACUUCGAGUCUGCAAUAAGUGUCGUGCAGUGGGAACUGAUGGGCAGUGGAAGUGCUCUGUGUGUGCCAAGAUUGCACAACUAAGGAUAGUGACAGGAGAAUGGUUCUUUGAAGAGAGAGCAAAGCGCUUCAAGCAAUCAAAUCUCGGAACCGAUGUUGUCAGACAGUCCAUCCUGCGCAAGUCCCCAGAUACAAUUUCCAGUAAGGCUGGAGAAAGAACGUUCAAAGAUCAACACCAAGAGAAUGAAGAAAAAGAAAUAUCAACCUCCUCCCUAACUGGACAUAAAUCAAUCUUUGGCAAACCUAGAAAGAUAGGGAAGAUGAUCAAGGCAGCUACCAAAGGAGAAAUUACAAUUGCAAAAGAUGAAGGUGGAAGGCGCAUAGGCUGUGAAGCUGAAUGCCAAAGCCUACACAGUAGCAAGUCAACGCCUUGUUCUGAGAGAGGAAGCACUCUUUCCCUGAACAGCAGCGAUACUGAAGCAGCUGCAGGCCAUGUAAGAGGGGCCAUGGGCCCUGCAAACAGAAGCAGUGCUUCCAUAUCUUCCCUCCUGAGGUCGCCGGCGCUGAGCACAUGCAGCAUGACUGCAGAUUAUAGCAGGGACACUGGUUCAGAAAAUGGCAUGAUUAUUCCAGCAAGUGAAAGUGUACCUGAAGAUUUAGUAAAGAAGCACCGUAGAAAAGCAUCUGGAACACCUUCCAUUGCAGUUUCUAGAGUAUCUUUGUCAUCAGACCGUAGCCGAUCUGAGAUAGAUUUGAGUGAAUCUUACUCUGAAGGAAAACAGGAUACCUUGAGCGUAAGAAGCAAAUCUGUACCUAGCGCCUUAGAUGAGGAGCUGGAUUCCCUGGAUGAAACAGAAGAAGAUAUUGAUGACAUUGUAGCCUCUCGUUAUUCAAGGAAACAUGGACAUCUGACAAGUGGAUUGUCAAGAAACUUCCCAGAAGGCUCUGACAGAAAAUGGAACUUCUUAAAUGUGCCUGAAACAGAUGGUGAUACUACCAGCAUUAAUAGCAUGCUGAGUGUAUACAGUGAAACUGGUGACUAUAGCAACGUGAAGGUCAGUGGUGAAAUCCUUCUCCAAAUCAACUACAGCUACAAAACAGGUGCGCUCAACAUCCUGGUGAAAAGUUGCAGAAACCUGGCCAUUGUGGAUGAGAAAAAACAAAGGACUGAUCCAUACGUCAAAGCUUACCUCCUGCCUGAUAAGUCCCGCCAAAGUAAACGCAAGACCAAAAUUAAGAGUAACAGCACCAAUCCGGAAUUUAAUGAAACGCUGAAGUAUGUCAUCAGUCAUACGCAGCUAGAAACCAGGACACUGCAGCUUUCUGUCUGGCACUACGACAGAUUUGGACGUAACAGCUUUCUUGGAGAAGUGGAAAUUCCAUUUGAUUCCUGGAACUUUGAAAAUCAUGGUGAUGAGUGGUUUGUGCUUCAGCCCAAGGUGGAGGUUGCAACAGAUGUUGGGCUUCAGUAUAAAGGAGAACUGACAGUUGUUUUACGUUACAUUCCCCCAGAGAUAAACUUGAUGCUUCCUCUAGGGCAGUUUCAAGGAAAGAAGAGCUUUAAGAAAGGAAAAAAGGGAGAGAACCACCCGCCCACUGGAGGUAUAUUAGAAGUCGUCAUCAAAGAAGCUAAGAAUUUAACAGCAGUGAAAUCAGGAGGCACAUCAGACACAUUUGUGAAAGGGUACCUGCUCCCAGAUGACAACAAAGCUACAAAACACAAGACUCCCAUAAUAAAGAAGAAUGUGAACCCCCAGUGGAAUCAUACAUUUGCUUUCAGUGGCUUGAAUGUAUGGGAUAUACAUAAUGUCUGCUUAGAAUUGACUGUGUGGGACAAGGAGUCACUUUCCAGUAAUAUUUUUCUGGGAGGAGUUCGUUUGAGUACUGGAAGUGGCAUAAGUAAUGGCAAAGAGGUUGACUGGAUGGACUCUCAAGGAGAAGAGCAGCUUCUCUGGCAGAAGAUGAUUGACAGUCCUGGAACUUCUGUGGAGGGGAUAUUAAUGUUGAGAUCCAGCAUGGGAAAACGUAGACUCUAAAAGACUCUCUACUACUGAGGGGUAGCACAAGUCCUUCUCAUUUCAGUUGUGUUCAGCUCUUGUCACUUUGCCCAUUUGAAAAUGGGUAAGGGUUGUACUCUUUGCCUUGGAUAUUAAGGCUUUAUGUGAAAUUUUAAUGCAUUCUGCACUUUCAUGCACUCAUUUUUAACCCAGACUUCUUGAACAGAUUAUGUUUCUCCUGUAACCUCUGAGAAUGUGACUUCCUACAGAGAUUGGACUGGCUUUCUUUGUCCCUUGUGGUGGCUGGUGGUAUACAGCUGAUGGAUAUUGCUGGCAGGGGACGUGGAGCAAGCAAAUUCUCUGAGUAGCCAUUUAGGAUGUAAAGUGUGUUUUACAUAUCUCCUUUUGGGUCAAAGAUGGCCUAGAAGACAAGAGUGAUUCAGUACAUUCAGAUUCCGAAUGAAUCUGUGCUUUGUUAUUUGAAAGACAAGAAGCCAUAAUGUUCAGAAGACUAACAUUUAUUUUUUAUGUUUGCUCAUUGGGCUGUGCGCUGUGCGGGAUGGCAGGCAUGGAACCAAGUAGCUCACUAAAGCCAAUUCACAGCCAGCUGCACAAUGGAAAGAGUCAGCAGAUGAAGGAGUCUGAAGUGCCCGUGUUCAGGCAUUCUCUUGGUUAUUUAGUGCACUGUAUAAGAGGUAGACUUGGCUCAGUGUGGUCAAAGAGUCUCUAAUGAAAAUAAAUCAUAACAAAUCCUAAAGAAUUUCCAGAACUGUGUGGUAUUACCACGUUUUUCAUUUCAGUUGACGGCUCUAUCUAAGAUCUUUCAGUGUCAUUGAAUAGAAGGAAUUACAUGCCUAUCCCACUUGAUGAGUCAGUGAGUUGAGACACAUUCUGGUUUGGGGCAUAGCUAAGAUCUUGGCUCAGCAGGGUGUGUAGUAAAGUAACAGGAUUAAUGCAUAUUCCAGAAUGCUUUGCACAACUGUGGAAUUUUUUCAGAAUGGGAUCCUGUUCAAGUUUGCCUGUGCGUGUUACUUGUUAAACAGAGAGGGAUUUUUGGAUUUUUCUCCUCAACUGUCCUCCAUAAGUUAGCAGUAGAUUUAAUAAGCGUGGAUUUUGGCUGAUUCAGUCAUUAAUCUUACUAACCACAAGCAUUUGCCAUUUGGUUUCCUAAAGUGAUCUUUAUAACUGCUUAGGUCUGCCGUGCUUUGGGGACUUGCAAGGUUGUAUGUGAAGAGAUGCUGUUUUGUAUCACUGUGGGCUAGCACAGCAUUGCAAAUAGUAGUAGUAACAUAAUAAGAUAGAAUGUCUUUUCCAAGGACAAAAAAUGUCUGUUUGCAAGAUUGGAUAUUAAUAUAAUUGCAUGGCUUGUAAUUGCUCAGGGUGUGAAACAGAGGAAGACAAGUUGAAUAAACAACAUUUCAUUUGAAUCUCAGAAUUGGAUCAUAGCUUCCCAUUUGAUCCAGUCUAUAAGUACAUUUCUUAUGUAUUUUUCCCCAAUACCUUAUUUUGGAAGCAGUGUCAUAUUAGUACUAAGGAAACAAUUUGAAUAUUGGGAAACAUAAUCCUUACAUUAAGUAUGUAGGGGAAAAAAAAGGCUUUCAGAGGAUGUAUCUUUCCCUGCAGGUCAAAGCACCAGUAUUCAAAGAUUUCUGUGCAGAAGGCCAUACAAUCUAAUUGGUGAUAGAGAAGGAAAUGCUGUUCCUCGCAGAGUAAAAGGUGCAGGAAAUCUAGAUUGAACUGAAUGGAAAACUGAUAGCUAAGUGUAGGUUAAAUUUUUUUCAUCUGUAGCAGUGCUGGUGUUAGUCACCUAAGUGUUUUUUUUGAGGUAAAUCCAAAACCUGAACUUCUACUCCAUUCCAUUUACGUCUAUUCCUUCCUGCUGCUCCAUCUUCCCACCCCACCAACGCCCCGAGAAAAAUUAUACUGGUUUUGAGGGGCUUGAAACUGCAGGGCAGCUUGCAAGAAGUCUUGAAAAAUACUAAUACUUUAUUUGGAUUUGUUUUUAUGUUUUUUUGUUAAAAACAGAAUCUCAGUUUUAAUAGAAAGCAAUCUGAUGAUAUGUAUUUUCUAUUAAAAUUCUGAUGUGAAUUUAAGCAGUCAUUGGAAGUAAUACCUUUUCUCAGCUUAAGACCCCUAGUUUUCAGAAAUUACUGAGUCAUCUUUAAAAACGGAGUUUGCAUUUAAGAAUUCCAUGUUGGGAAUCAAAUGUCGAUGUUUUCAUGAAGCUUGUUCAAGAAAACCAGCUUCAUUUUCCUUCUUCAGCUGUUCUUCAUUUCCUUCGGCAGUCCUGCUCAAACUGGGCAGUGAAGCAAGCUCAGUGCAGGUUUAAUCUGCUUUUCAUCUUAGGCAGCAGGUGCUGCGAGCUGAUAAAGUAGAGCACAAAUAUCAAGCACACACAUUUUAUUAUGAUCUUCCUUUUAUCAUUAUAGUCUUCUUUUCAAAAUUAGAUUGAUUUUUUUUUUUAAAUUUUUAUUUUUAAUCUACAUCCUCAAAGGGAAGUAAAACCUUACCUUUGGCACCAAAACUGCCUUCUGUUUACUGCUCCACAAGCCAGCUGAUGUAGGAGCACAAGUUUGAUUUUUCAUUUGCUGGAAGUUGGCUUAAGAAGAUAAAUCUUUUUAAAUCUAAUGAUUCUUCAGGAUAAAAUUGCAGGUAGGGUUAGUGGAGGGGACAGUGGGCAGACUGAUGGAGUUGUUUCUGUUUCAUUUUGGUGUCGGAAAUAGGAAAACAGUGACACAAAAAAUCUACCAAGAUGAACCCCAAAAUUGAAACCUUUUUCUCUCACCAAAUUGAAAAUCCUAAAAUAAUUGGAAACUGAGCUAAGUCUUUUACUUAAAAUGGAAUAUAAGAUGGAGUGUAAGCAUUUAUAUAAUUUUGAAUGGUAUUUUCUAAGUAAGUGUUAGCACUGUAUCUAAAUCUAGUCUUGCUUUGAAUGGAAGUCUAUGUUUUACUACUUCAGCUUCUACCAACUUCCCUCCCAUUUUUAGGGCCUGUGUUAGAGUAUGAGAUAAAUAGACUCAUCUGGAAAGUGUCACGUGUGUCCUAUAGCUUUUGGAAGGGACAAAAUUUUACUCUGAGCCUGCAUCUGAAAACAUAGGCCAGGCUAUGAAUAGUCUCUAGGUGUCAACUGCAGUUCAGUGUAUGAAGGGAACAAUUUCAAGUGGGAAUUUAAUUCAGCCAAGGCAGAGAGUGUUGUUGGCCAUUGAUGGGAUUUGGAGUAGUGCAGUGAAAUUAUCACCUAGGUUAGCAGUGAUGAUUGUGCAUGAUGGUAGCAUACAGGGCAUAUCGUGCUCUGCUUCAAACGAGCCUCAGAGAGAUGACAGUCAUUAGUAUAGACAUUGGAGCAAUUUGGCUGUUCUGUGAUGUUAACGACAGGUUUGUAGAAAGCAUUUAUUUGUGGAAAAUGUCACAUUUAAUUAUCGCUGUUAUAUCCUCUUUCUCUUCUUUUGCAAAAAAUGAUUUGUGGUUUGGAUAAAGCACGAGAUGAUUAACUGCAGAUGUGAUUUCUUGUUUCUGAGAUAUUGGAGCAAAUAGCCUGUGACUGUGUGUCAUCACGUACCUCAGCUUUACUAGGCUGAGCAGAAAUAGAGAAAGCCAGGAGCCAGGCUAAAGCAUUCUAUAUGUAUAAAUGUUUGUGAUAUUGAAGUGCAUGGAUGGUUUAUCUAAGACCAACUUUUAGGAAAACAGAGUCAGUUUUAACACUGAUUCGCUAACUUUUAUCUUGAUUAAUCAGACACAGGAGAGCUGAUGUUUUAAAAAUAUUUCUCCAUGCAGACUUGAAUGACUAAAGAUGCUUCAGUGGAGAAGAGAUUUUCACUACAGUGUUUUUUGUAGAUAUGAAACAUGAUUCUACUAGUGGUGUAACUACAAGGUUUUCAUCACUGUCUUUCCCCCCUCGAUACUUGAUUCUGAUGGCAAAAUUUGACCCAUUAAGGCAAAAUAGAAGUACAACUUGGGCUGUAAAAUUUCAUGUGAAGACAGUAAAUGCAUCCCUAGGUAGUGUGGUUAUUGCCAGUAUCUAUCAGGAAGAGCUGAUGCUGAGGGCUGUCCAAGCCCUGCCAACGGACUUCAUUAUCCAAACCUGUUCUCUGGAUGUUUCUCUGCUCAACUUGUUAGUUACAUAGGGACUUCAGGCUUCUAAAAGUCAGUGAUCUUGCUUGCAUGUUUAGAUGCUAAAACCAGUUCAGAUGGCCUCUCUUUCUCCUCCAUCUCCGUCACAUUACUAUCUUCCUGUUCUAAUCCAAGUGCCAUUGCCUACCUUAAAUGCCAUUUAGAUAACACAUUUUAACAUUUCUCUCCCAGCUGAAUGCUCAGCAGUUGGUUUAAGAGAGAAGGCAAUGGGGAUGGUGAGUAUGCUUUGAUCACAAUGCAUUAGACUGGAAACUUAAUGUUCUUUGUCUCCUCCAGUAGAGAUUUUGCUAGAGUAGCAUAAAAGAAAUCCAUAGAAUCAUGGAGGUUGAAAAAGACCUUCAAAGACUGUCCAAACAUUAGCUGAAUCUGCUGAGUCACAUCACUAAACCAUGUCCCUUUGUGCCACAUUCACGUCUCUUCAAUACCUCCAGAGAUGGAAAAUAAGCAUUUGGAAGUAUUGUGCUUGAUUUUUCUUUUCCCUCCUGGUUAGGCCCUGUGAGGUACAAGUAGACAAAGAUGUAUUCUGCAAAAUGUGAACUAAAUUGCAGCAGCAGAGCAGCCACUGAGCAUCCACUGGUGCUAACUGAUGGGGUAACAUGAGGGAGGCAUAGAGACUGGCAUUGUUCUGGCUUUACAAGGGGUUGGCCAACUUCAGGCACGUAAAGCUUUUGAUUUGCUCUAGAGUCAAUGAAUAUAAAGUCUGAGUCUUAUUUCUAUAACUGUCUAGUCUGUUGUUUCACACAGGACAGUAAGGAUUAUACCUGAAUCAUUGCAGGAUCUCUUCCAUCCAUCCUUCCCUUCAGUUCAGCAGCCCCCACCAGGAAACUGUUCAAGUUUUUGUCAAGUUUGUCCAACUGUGACCCCAUGUUCCACCUCAACACCUUCAACACCUCAAAUCUCUGGUACCCAGAAGGAGGCAGUGUGCAGUAGUUAAGGAGUAGCUUAUGGUGGCUAGGUGAGGUAAAAACUGAAAUUGCCCUUUCCUAACAUACAGUAUUGAUUUUCAGCAAUGGCAGAAAUAGCUGUCUCUUGAAAGAUGGUAUGUGCACUUUGUAAACUCUUUUUUUCUUUUGAUACAGUUUUUGAAGAUGGAUAUUAUUUAUUUAUUGUUACAUGUAGAAAUAAGAACGUUAGAGGACCUUAAGAGAAAUGAUGGUAAGAACAUGUGAUUAAAUCCAAAAUUGGAUGCAGACUUUUAUUUGCAGAGAUGUUUCUUACCUUAACCUUAAGUAUGAGGCACUGAAUCAUGCUUGUAGAGCCUUACCACUACAUGCUGUGAAUUUCCUGCCUGGUGAUUUCAUAUUUGCAGAUGCUGUUUGAUAAGUGAUAAUAAGACUGUUAAUUAUACUGUGUAUGUUGACACUGGAAAGGGAAUCUCAACAUGCUUCUAUAGAUGUUCCUUAGGUUGCUUUUGAGACUCACCCUUGCUGCAUCAUGGCCAUUUAUGUAGGAUCACUAUUUCAACAAUUCUACUCUGUGGCAACAACCUACCUACAGCUUUGCACUACUGCUCUUGAAAGCUGGCUGUGUAUUUUUGAGGGUUGCUGUAAUUGCUGGGGUUUGCUUAAGGCCAAAUGUAGUCCUUCAAUGCAGUGAAUUGAGAAUGCUACAUGCCCCUCUUGCCACCUUUGUUCUGAUUAAAAAUCUAUUGCACGUUGUUUGUUUGGUUAUUCUGCUGGAUAUUAACAGUAGUAGCAGUAAGUGGCACUGCAGUAUGUUAAGUUCUGCCCAAGUUUAGAUGAAGCAUUUCCUGCCCAGAACAUUUUUGUACUGUGCACUGUAUAUUCAGUUUUGUGGAGAAAAGUGGCUGGUAAUACAUUUGCAGCAGUUGUCAAGAAUAUUGUUCUGUUUUUU